ACUUGGUGACAUCGUCAAAUGAAGCUAACGCCGCGUUGCUGCUAGACCUAGAGCACUACACAUUCAUGGAUUUGUUUCCUGACACAAAACCAUAAGACAUCGACGGACACGAUGCCUUUCAUUACACGCUGGACCGUCAUUGUUGUGGGAUGCUGUACAAUAGUCAUCUAUUACCUCGUUGCCAAGGAUACCGUCAAGAUGAAUCGCCACCACCACGACGACGAUGACGAGCACUGCUCGAGCAGCCACGCUAUGACGUUCCACGCGAGCGUCUGCCAGGAAAUCCUGUUUAAUGGUUGGAUGACACACACAGCCCUUGAGCUCUUCGGUUCCGCAGUGGCCAUCUUCCUUGCCGGCAUCCUUUACGAGGGAUUGAAGUACUACCGCGAGGCGCUCCAUUCAAAAGCCACGUCUGUCACGGGGGACUCGAGAGUUAAUAUUACGAAGAGCGAGUGCGGCACGAACGGGACAUGUCCUGGGACCACUGUUGUUAAGUACACAAUGACGUCACCCGCGCACAUAAUUCAAACACUCCUGCACUUUGUUCAAUCCACAUCGUCCUACAUAUUGAUGCUGGUGUUCAUGACAUACAACGUGUGGCUGUGCUUGGCGCUGGUACUCGGUCUGGCCGUCGGGUACUUCUUCUUCGGGUGGCGAAAGAACACCGUCGUGGACUCUACAGAACAUUGUCAAUAGUUUAUCGUUUUAUAUUCAUGCUGACCGGCAAGGACUUUUUGAACGAUCUAAGAAUGCUAAAUAAUUAAGUAAAGGCGCUACAGACGAAGGGAAUUGGUCCAUUUAAUCGCUCUGUACAAGUCAAAACAUCUCUCGGACUUGAUAUAUCUGCGCCGAGUUUUGAAAAAUCUGCGACGAGAUAAACGUUCGGCUGUGGUCGCUCAUUCCAUUUACCUACAUCAAGUCCUUUGGUAUAAUGGUGCUAAAGUAAUCAAGCUUCUAGGAUUUCAUCGAGUUCCUUGUCAUACGAAGGACACCUUGACGCUGUAUUUUUUAGUAAAUAGUUAUUUGUAAACUUUUGUAUCGACAGUCAUUGGAUUUUAUAAAAAAAAUUAUUGUCUUUAAGUCUAGUGAAUAAUGAUCCGUGAAGUUUGAAGUUUAUGUGUAUAAAUGUAACCUAAAAAGUACGCAAAGCACCGUAUGAAGUAAUCUAAAGAGAUGGCCAUUUUCGAUUGGUCAGAUUCGAUUUUGAAAAUAUGUAUGUUAAUACCUAAUGACUUCGAUACGGUUAGUUUUUAGUUAAUUUUAAACAGGGCAUUGAAAAACAACCGAAUUAAUGACAACAAUUACCAUGGAAUGAAAGAACAAUGCAAAUUUUGUGAAUGUUAAAAUCGCCAAUUUGUAUAGGCACAUGCCUAACAAACAAAACGUGUUACAAUACAAAGUACAAUAAGUUUGUAACCAUCAUCACUUUUAGUGUGUGCAAGGCAAACUUUUUAAUGAAAUACACAUAAUAUAUCUUACAAUUUUUGUUAUGCCUAAAGGAAAGUACCGACGAAGUACAAUUGGUGCCCAAAGUUACUGCUGCUUAUCUGACGACGAUGAGCGUUAAAAAUUUCGCAGUUGCUACGAAUCAGUAACACAAACAAUGUUUGUGAAUAUGAAUGCUAUUACGUCUAAAUGGUAUUUAUAAACGCUUUCACACACCAUUCAAAAUAUUUAAAAAAUACGCUCACUUUGUUACUUGCCAAAUUAAAACCUUAACAUUCCACAAUAUUCCUUUAAUGUUUAGUUUUCUAACUCUAAUGUACCGUGUAUGUGCCACUACUGGCAUCGGAUCUUUAUAUACGGCAUUAAGCCAUUUUGUAACUAAAUAAAACAUCAAGGGGCCACCGCUUGGGCUUCUUGCUCACGUAUAUGUUUAAGGGCUUAAAUUAGGUUUAGCCCCUCCACCAUUAAGCCAGAAAAAAAGAAUAAAACCCCAAUUUUAUGUAUACCAAUAGCUACUACUAAUGCCACUAAGACACAGUUCGAAAGUAACUUAUUCUGUCGUCUAUAUUUAUUUUUUAAAUUUAGCGCCAUGACUUUUUUGCAAAUUUGUUCUCGAAAAAUGUUGUCUACAUGGCUAUUAUUAUUUUAUUAUAAUUCUUUGUACCAUUUCGUAGUUGUACCUAUUAUUUACGAUAUUUAAACGGGAAAAAUAUUAAAAUUGUAUAGAAAGUAAACUUGACAUCUAUUUAACGUAUUUAGUACAUUAUUUACUAAGUAUAUCUAUGCAUAAAAAGUCGUAUGCUCAAAUCGCAAUGUUGACAAUAAAUUAUACAGAACGUGUGAUAUUAUAUAUAUAAGUUUAAUGUAGCUAGAAAGUAUAUAUAAGUUUGUGUUUCUUUUUGUAAAAAAAAAGAUAAUACAUUCCUACCGUGAUUACAUAUUUACAAUUUUUUUUUUUU